UUCUGCAGAAAAAUGUCAUUUGUAAUUGUAUUACUCCUCAUAAAUGUAGUGGAGUAAAAAGUACAUUUACUUGUUCAAAAAUGUAAUCAAGUAGAUACUUAAGUACAGUAACUAAUUACAUUUAUUCAAAUACUUUACACCACUGAUGAAUAGUGAGGAAGGUUAAGGUGAGAGAGGCGGAGUUAGGCUCUCCAUCACAGUCAACACACACACACAUAAACACACACACACAACAGCCUCCAGAACUCGUGUUUGUGAUGGCACUGCCGUUUCUCCGAUGGAUCUUCAGGCUGCUGAUGGUUCUGAUCAUCUCUCAGACUUUGUGUGUGAUGAUCUACUACACAUCCGACACACAUUCAUCCAGAAAUGCAAUGACAGAGAUGCUUCAGCAGCUGCACUGCGCAAAACUCCGACGUGAGUUUUCUGUUAUCAAUCCGGCCAAAAGUCUAGACAUAAAGAGUGUUACCCAGAAACUUUCCGAUUUCUUAAACUGCCCUUACAAACCGAAUACGACUGAACAGGACAUAAACAGAGUCAGGCUGCAGUUUUGUUGUAACGCCACAGGAUCAUUCAUCCUCACCAAACGCAACACAGCCGUCAAUCAAUCCAUCGAAUAUGAAACCAGCUCAGCAAGCACAUACAAAAUAAAUGCAGCACUUCAUAGUAUGCUUCCCGAGGACUUCCCCUGGUCCGGUCGGCGUCUGGGUCGGUGUGCUGUUGUCGGCAGCGGUGGGAUUUUGAAAAACAGCAGCUGUGGACGUGACAUUGACAGCGCAGACUUCGUCAUACGAUUUAAUUUGGCUCAUGUUAAUGACAGUGAUGUUGGACUGAAGACGGAUCUGGUAACCAUCAACCCCACUCAGAUUCAGAAAGAAUACAACGACCUGGAAAAGAAUCCGGAUCCAUUUGUGGAGCGGGUCAGUGUGUACGGAAACGCCUCCCUCAUCAUUCCCGCCUUUGCCUACACAUUCUGCACGUCACUGUCAAUGAAAGCUCUCAAAGUCCUCCAGCCAAUCAGACCUCAGCAGCCGGUGGUGUUCUACAGCCCUUAUUACCUGCGGAAACUGGACCGCUUCUGGAAGGGGCGUGGCAUACGGGAGGUCCGGCUCUCCUCAGGGUUUAUUAUGAUCAGCACAGCGAUGGAACUGUGUGAGCAUGUGCACGUUUAUGGAUUCUGGCCAUUCGACAGCGACCUGCAGGAGCGUCCGGUUCCGUAUCAUUAUUACGACCAGCUGAAGCCGCACCCCUAUAUGCACAAGAUGCCGGAGGAGUUUGUGCGGCUGCUGCAGCUCCACAGCCAGGGGGCGCUGACACUACACCUGCAGCCCUGUUCUUCACAGACACGCACUCAAGACUAUGUCUGAAAUCUCUUUGAAAUGCAAUGAUUUAACUGUGAGCACUGCAUGUUUUUAAAUACAAACCCAAUUCCAAAAAAGUUGGGACA